CUCGCACUUUCUCAAGGCAUCAUCCGAAAACCCUAAAACCAGAAGCAAAAGGGCAAAGAGAGAACGGGAGAAGAAGAAGAUGGAUAGGGUUCCAGAGAGAGAUCGCGACAAAUCAAGCCACAGAUCCCGAGAUGAUCGCGAUAGAGAGCGAGACAGCAGCAGAUCCGACGCCAGAGAUCACCACCGCCAUCGCGAGCGCGAGCGCGAGCGAGAGCACAAGCACCGCCACCACCAUGGCGAUGAUCACGACGAGGAUCGCCGGAACGGAUCCAAGCGCGAGCGGUCCCUCGAUAGAGUUAGGGAUUCGGUUGAAAGGGAGAGGGUCAGGGAUUCUGUAGAAAGGGAUAGGGUUAGGGAUUCUGUAGAAAGAGAGAGGGUUUCGCACUCGUCGAGGAAGAGGAAAGAUCACGAUUAUGAUUACUGUGACGGUGAUGAAGAGAAUGGGGAUAAGAAGCGGGCUAGGGCUUCGGAUGAUCGAAAGGAGAGGCGGAGGUUUGAGGAGGAGAAUGGGGAUUACAAGGUGAAGGAUGAGGAAUUGAGCGAUGUUGAAGGUAGUAGGAAGAGGAAGAGAGAGGGGAGGAGGUUUAGUGACAGUGUUAAAGUUAAAGAAGAGAAAGAGGGCCGAGACGAAGCGAAGAGUGUAGGUAGGAAGGAGAGUAGAGUGGAGAGGAGGUUUAAGGAUAGGGUGAAAGAAGAGGAUUUUGGAGGUGAAGAAGAAGGGAAGAAGGCAAAGGAUAAUUUGAUUAAUGGUGACAGGAGAGUGUCCUUUCUCAUUUAA